GGUACUUGGUAGCCUAUUUGUCCUCUACUUCAAAAGGAGGGAAAAAACGAGAAAGCAGACCCUUAAACCCUAAAAUCAAACCUCUCGAAAUACGGUGGUGAACAAUCAACUGGUUAGGGUUUAUGUUAAACCCUAGAAAACCCUAUUAACCCUGUUUCCUUUACUUUGAUUCAUCCACAAAUACUCGCAGCAUACAAGAAUGUCGAGACUACUUCGAAACGUAUCGAUUCUAAAACGCUCCGUAUCUCAUUUUGAGGACUCUAAGAGGUGUUUACCAGGAUUAUUGUCUCAGAUAAGCAGUUUCUCCACCAAAGGUAAAAAGAGGUCAAAGUCUGAUGGAAGUGAUUCAGGUGAAGAGAAUAUGUCUAAAAAAGAUCUGGCCCUAAAGCAAGCAAUUGAUCAAAUUAACACUUCUCAUGGAAAGGGUUCUAUCAUGUUUCUUGGUCAAUGUGCUUCUCCCAGACAAGUCCCAGUAGUAUCCACCGGAUCUUUUGCGUUAGAUAUAGCACUAGGAGUUGGCGGAUUUCCAAAGGGACGUGUAGUGGAGAUAUAUGGUCCAGAAGCUUCGGGAAAGACAACUCUUGCUCUGCAUGUAAUUGCUGAAGCACAGAAGCAAGGAGGCUAUUGUGUAUUUGUUGAUGCUGAACACGCUCUUGAUCCAUCAUUAGCCGAAGCUAUAGGAGUGAACACUCGUGAUUUGCUUCUGUCACAACCAGAUUGCGGCGAACAAGCUUUGAGUCUUGUAGAUACCAUCAUCAGGAGCGGUUCAGUUGAUGUUGUUGUUGUGGAUAGUGUAAGUAAGGUUGCUGCUCUUGUGCCUAAAAGCGAACUAGAUGGCGAAAUGGGCGAUGCACAUAUGGCAAUGCAAGCUAGGCUUAUGAGCCAAGCACUGCGUAAAUUGAGCCAUUCACUAUCUAUGUCGCAGACUAUUUUGAUUUUCAUAAAUCAGGUAAGGUCAAAGCUAGCUACUUUUGGAUUUGGUGCACCUUCUGAAGUGACGUGUGGUGGAAAUGCUUUGAAGUUUUAUGCUUCAAUCCGCUUAAAUAUUAGGAGAGUAGGACUUGUAAAGAAGGGAGAAGAGACACUAGGAAGUCAAGUGCUGGUCAAAAUAAUGAAGAACAAGCUGGCUCCGCCUUACAGAACUGCACAAUUUGAACUGGAAUUUGGCAAGGGUAUAUGUCGUGAAUCAGAGCUCAUAGAAUUAGGGCUUAAACACAAAUUUAUCAUGAAAGCCGGAGGAGCAUACUAUAGCAUGGGAGACUUGAAGUUUUGUGGCAAAGAUGCUAUAAAACGUUACUUGGCUGAGAAUUUAACCGUGCGUGAGGAGCUAGAGACUAAAUUAAGGGAAAAGCUUGUUGAAGAACCGAAAAAGGUAGAAACGACAGAUGGUGAGGAUACUAUUGCUGUUGAUUCAGCCGAAGAAGAGGCAACUGCAGUGGAAGCGUGAACUGGAAAUCACUAAAUUGAUUGUUCUCUCUUAAUUUUGAGUCGAAAUGUGAUUAAAUGGUGUCGUUAGUUUUUAAAAGGGAGAUGGUGCAUCUUAUGGGGAAGGGGAAAAUGCCUAAAAGGUGGCUUUAAGUUAUGAGCCAAAAUGCAUCCAAUUCCGGCUAAUAACAUGUAAGUAUGCUAGUUUUGAAUUUUGGUCGGUGUAACAUGUAUCGUGUAUAUUGAAGUUUUAAUUGAAAAAACUUCGUUAUGUGUCGUA